UAUUAGGAUUAUGCGCGUCGUUGCUCGCGUUUAGUUCAGUACCGUAGGAAUACUAUCAACAAAAUUUACACAAAAAAAAUAUUGUUUUCAAAAAAUCAAAACACAAAAUUCGAUACAAAAUUCAAUCAGUUUCGAAUUGACCAAGUGAAAGUCAAAAAUUUGCAAGUGUUGACGGUCAUCGUUGAAAAUAAUUCGAGCGUUCGUCACGAGCAUCGUUUACACCGGGCGUAUAUCGCGCGCAAAUGUAAACAAAAUUUUGUGUUUUAUCGCGAACAUUUUGCCCAGAAUUUCGAACAAUUUAUAUAUCGGAGUGUUUAGUGUGUGUUUUUAUUGAAAUUUUAAAAGAAAAUCCAAAGUGAACAAAUUCACUAUCGCAAAUUUUAAAACGGCCACACAGUUGGUGUGGUGUACGUCACUUUUACCAUUUUUUCAUACAAACCGCUAACAUUUUUCUCGCCAGCCACCAAUAUUGGAUUAAUAUCGAAUCAAUUAUGGAUGUGUAAAUUGUGAUUUGUGAAAUGAUUACAAUUAAUCGACGAUCAAAGAAAGAAAAAAGUAUCUGAAACUAAUUAAGUGUUUUACUACCAGCAAAUAAAGAGAAAAAAAAAUUGAUCGAAAGAAAAGCAAGAAAAAAAGAGUGAAAUCAAUAAUAUCUGUGUUUUGUGUUGAUAUCUGUGUACAAGUGAAACACAACCAAACAUGGGAUUACCGAGGAAUUGGAUUAUAUUCGCACUAAUAUUUAUAUGGAGUUAUAAUGCUGAUAUAAUAAAUGCAACUCCAGCGACAACCGAUGAAGAAAAUAAGGGACCCGUAUUUUUGAAAGAGCCAAUUAAUCGCAUUGAUUUCUCGAAUUCAACAGGUGCAGUUGUUGAAUGUCGCGCUAGUGGAAGUCCGACACCAGAAAUCAUAUGGGUUCGUAGUGAUGGUACGGCCGUUGGUGAUGUGCCCGGACUUAGACAAGUGUUGUCGAAUGGCAAUCUCGUAUUUCCGCCAUUCCAGGCCGAAGACUAUCGUCAAGAGGUGCACGCACAAGUCUAUGCAUGUUUGGCCAAAAAUCAGUUCGGUUCGAUAAUUUCGCGUGAUGUGAACGUUCGUGCUGUGGUGCCACAAAGUUAUUCGGUUAAUGUCAUGGACGAGCAUGUGCUCAAGGGAAACGCAGCCAUCGUUAAAUGUCAUAUUCCCAGUUUCGUGAUCGAUUUCGUCUACGUUUCAGCAUGGAUUUUGGAUGAAAGUGGCGAUAUUACGGAAAUUCAUGCCGAUGAAAAUGGCAUCGAUAUUCACACAAUCGACGGAAAAUACUUGGUGUUACCAUCCGGUGAAUUGCAUAUUCGCGAAGUUGGACCAGAAGAUGGAUACAAGAGCUACCAGUGUCGUACAAAGCAUCGUUUGACUGGCGAAGCACGAUUAAGUGCCACUAAAGGACGCCUCGUAAUUACUGAACCGAUUGGAAGAAUUAGCCCAAAAAUUAGCGUCGCUGAUGAGUUCAGUGUACGGGGUGUACGUGUUCGAGUUAAUGGUACAAUUAACAUUGCUUGUCCAGCAAUGGCUUACCCCGCGCCAAUUUUUCGAUGGUAUAAAUUUAUCGAGGGUACAACACGUAAACAGGCCGUUGUUUUGAAUGACCGCGUCAAACAGGUGUCGGGCACAUUGAUUAUAAAAGAUGCAGUAAUUGAUGAUUCGGGCAAAUAUUUGUGCGUUGUAAACAAUUCGGUGGGUGGUGAAAGUGUUGAAACUGUUCUCACCGUAACGGCUCCAUUGUCUGCAAAAAUCGAUCCACCCACACAAACUGUUGACUUUGGCCGACCGGCUGUAUUCACAUGCCAUUAUUCGGGUAAUCCAAUUAAAACCGUAUCAUGGAUGAAAGACGGCAAACCAAUCGACCACAGUGAUGCCAUUCUGCGUAUUGAAUCGGUUAAGAAAGAAGACAAUGGUAUGUAUCAGUGUUUUGUACGCAACGAUCAGGAAAGUGCACAGGCCAGUGCUGAACUUAAAUUGGGAGGAAGAUUUGAUCCACCCGUCAUUCGUCAUGCAUUCGCCGAAGAAACUCUUCGUCCCGGACCGGCGGUAUUCUUGAAAUGUGUUGCAGGUGGCAAUCCAACACCGGAAAUCUCAUGGGAAUUAGAUGGCAAAAAGAUAACAAACAAUGAACGCUAUCAAGUCGGUCAAUAUGUAACGGUUAAUGGCGAUGUGGUGUCAUAUCUAAAUAUUACCUCAAUUCAUGCAAACGAUGGUGGUUUAUACAAAUGUUUUGCAAGCAGCAAAGUUGGCACCGCUGAACAUUCAGCCAAAAUAAAUGUCUACGGUUUGCCAUACAUUCGUCCGAUGGAAAAGAAAGCAAUCGUUGCUGGUGAAACAUUGAUCGUUACAUGUCCCGUUGCUGGCUAUCCAAUUAAAUCUAUUGUUUGGGAACGCGACAAUCGUGCAUUGCCAAUCAAUCGAAAACAAAAGGUCUUCCCGAAUGGAACGCUCAUUAUUGAAAAUGUUGAACGAAACUCCGAUCAGGCUACAUACACUUGUGUUGCAAAAAAUGCCGAAGGAUACAGUGCUCGCGGUGCUUUAGAAGUUCAAGUUAUGGUACCGCCAAAAUUAUCACCAUUCGCCAUUUCCGAUGAGCCAUUGCAUUUGGGCGAUUAUUUUCAAUUGACAUGCGCUGUUAUACAUGGUGACUUCCCGUACAAUAUUACAUGGUACUUCAACGAUGAACCGAUCACUUAUAUUGACGGUGUAACAAUACUGAUGCAUGGCAAACGAAGCAGUUCGUUGAAUAUUGAUUCAGUUGCCGGCCAUAAUAUUGGGAAAUACACGUGUUUUGGCGAGAAUUUAGCGGGACGUGCAAGCACAACGACAACACUUUCCAUACGGGUGCCACCAAGAUGGAUUUUGGAACCAACCGACAAAGCAUUUGCUCAAGGAUCAAACGCCAAAGUUGAAUGUAAAUCCGAUGGAUUCCCAAAGCCACAGAUUGUUUGGAAGAAGGCUGUUGGUGAUACCCCUGGCGAGUACAAGGACAUGAAGCAAAACGACAACAUUCGUGUGGAUGAAGGCACAUUGUACAUCGAUAAUAUUCAAAAAAAUAACGAAGGUUACUAUUUAUGUGAGGCAAUUAACGGGAUUGGAUCUGGUUUGAGUGCGGUUAUUUUGAUCAGUGUACAAGCACCACCGGAAUUUGCUGAAAAAUUACGUAAUCAAACUGCACGUCGUGGUGAACCGGCUGUUUUGCAAUGCGAAGCCAAAGGCGAAAAACCAAUUGGCAUACUAUGGAAUAUGAAUAAUAUGCGAUUGGAUCCGAAAACUGAUAAUCGAUACACAAUUCGUGAAGAGAUUUUAGCAACGGGUGUCAUGUCAUCAUUGUCAAUCAAACGAACUGAACGCACCGACUCAGCUUUAUUCACCUGUGUUGCAACAAAUGCCUUUGGUAGCGAUGAUGCCAGUAUAAAUAUGAUUAUUCAAGAGGUACCCGAAAUGCCAUACGCACUCAAAGUAUUGGAUAAAUCCGGUCGAACGGUACAAUUAAGCUGGGCAAAACCAUACGAUGGCAAUUCACCGCUCAAACGAUAUAUCAUUGAAUUUAAAACAUCCCGCGGUUCAUGGGAGCAUGAUGUUGAUCGUGUUAUUGUUCCGGGUCACACAAACGAAGCUCAAGUACAACAAUUGAGUCCGGCUACCACAUAUAAUUUCCGUAUUGUUGCUGAAAAUGAAAUUGGUGUGUCUGAUUCAUCGGAAGUGGUUCCAAUCAUUACAGCAGAAGAGGCACCAUCCGGCAAACCGCAAAAUAUCAAAGUUGAACCAACAUCACAAACGACGUUGCGCGUUACAUGGAAAGCACCGGCCCGAUCUGAUUGGAAUGGUGAAAUUUUGGGAUACUAUGUUGGUUAUAAAUUGUCCAGUUCAAAUGGAUCAUACUACUUCGAAGAAGUGAAAUAUUCAAUGGAAGAAGGCAAAGAAUACAGUUUGGAAUUGACAAAUCUUAAAACGUACACACAAUAUUCGGUCAUCAUUCAGGCAUACAAUAAAGUUGGUGCGGGUCCAAUGAGCGAUGAAGAAAAGCAAUACACAGCCGAAGGUACGCCAGAUCAACCGCCAAGUGAUACAAUGUGCACAACACUUACCUCACAAACAAUUCGUGUGUCAUGGGUCAGUCCACCGCUUGAGUCAGCCAAUGGUGUUAUCAAAGGUUAUAAAGUGGUUUAUGCACCAAGUGAACUGUGGUACGAUGAUAAAAAUAAAAGCUAUAAGAAAACCGCAUCGAGCGACACCGUUUUGCAUGGCCUUAAGAAAUACACAAACUAUACAAUGCAAGUGUUGGCCACAACAACUGGCGGUGAUGGUGUACGAAGCGCUCCCAUCCAUUGUCAAACCGAACAAGAUGUUCCGGAGUCACCGACGGCUGUAAAAGCUUUGGUAUAUGGUGCACAAGCAAUUUUAGUGUCAUGGCGUCCACCAUCACAACCAAACGGUAUCAUUUCACAGUAUAUGGUUUAUUCUCGCGAAGAAGGAAGCGAAGCUGAGCCAAAGAAAGAAAAAGUGCCAUCAUAUCAAAUGAGCUUUGAAGCAUCCGGUUUGGAAAUAAAUAAACCAUACGAAUUCUGGGUGACGGCAAGCACAAACAUUGGCGAGGGACAACAAUCGAAGAGUGUUAUUGCCAUUCCCAGUGACAAAGUACCAGCCAAAAUUGCAUCAUUCGAUGACACAUUCACUGCUACAUUCAAAGAAGACGCUAAACUACCUUGUCUCGCUGUUGGUUCACCCACACCAAACAUCACUUGGAAGGUGAAAGGUGCUGAUUUUGUACCAAACGAACGUAUGCGAAUUCUUGCACAAGGAACACUUUUCAUCAAAGAUGUUAUUCGACAAGAUGCCGGCGACUACACAUGUGUUGCAGAAAAUUCAAUUGCAAAGGACUCAAUUACACACAAAUUAACUGUUUUAGCACCACCACAAUCGCCACAGGUAACUCUCACCGCAACAACAACCGAUUCACUCACAUUGAAAUUGAAACCACACGAAAUGGACUCGGCGCCUAUUCAUGGCUAUACAUUGCAUUACAAACCUGAAUUCGGUGACUGGGAAACGGUCGAAGUGGCGGUCGAUGCACAAAAAUAUACAAUUGAAAAUCUCUUUUGUGGAUCACGUUAUCAAGUCUAUGCUACCGGAUACAAUAGCAUUGGUGCAGGUGAAGCGUCUGACAUUUUGAAUACUCGAACAAAGGGAUCAAAACCAAUUAUGCCAGAGAAUUCAAAAUUCAUUGAACCAUCAUCAAACUCGGUUACAUUGCAUCUACCAACGUGGAAAGAUGGCAGCUGUCGAAUGUCACAUUUCGUUGUUGAACACAAGAAAAAAGAUCACAUUGAAUGGAAUCAAAUAUCGAAUAAUGUGAAACCAGGUGGAAAUUUUGUGGUAUUGGAUUUGGAACCAGCGACAUGGUACAACGUUCGAAUAACAGCUCACAAUAGCGCCGGUUUCACAGUAGCUGAGUAUGAAUUUGCCACAUUGACCGUGACUGGAGGUACACUGGCACCACCAUUAAAUAGUAUUCAUCGUUUUGACAGCAAUGGUCAUCCGAUUUAUUUGCCGCCAUGGAUGAGCGACUGGCUUAAUCUCAACGUUAUGGUUCCAAUGAUUGCAAUGAUCGUCAUUGUUGUUGGCAUACUUGUUAUUUGUAUUGCACUCACUCGACGGCGUGUCGACAUGCGAAAUGGACCAAAGGAUGUUUACUACGAUGUAGUUUACAAUCAGUCAAUGGGACCAGGCGCCACAUUAGAUAAACGACGACCAGACCUACGUGAUGAAUUAGGUUACAUUGCACCACCAAAUCGAAAACUACCACCCGUUCCCGGAUCCAAUUACAACACAUGUGAUCGCAUCAAACGAGGCACCGUUAUUAGCCGUAGCAUGAGAUCAAAUCAUUCGACAUGGGAUCCUCGACGACCAUUAUAUGAAGAAUUGAAAGCGCCACCAGUGCCACGAAGACAUUAUCAUGGCUCUGAUGACUGUUACCAUGCUCAUCCGCCAGGUAGACCUACUGUGUUCCGCAUGGAAGAUGAGAUUUGCCCGUACGCAACAUUCCAUUUACUUGGCUUCCGUGAAGAAAUGGAUCCAACCAAAGCAAUGAAUUUCCAAACAUUCCCGCAUCAAAAUGGAACACCAACAGCAGGACACACAGGUACCAUGGGAACAGGCCCAUCAAAUGCACAUAUGCACUCGCGAUCCGGAUCGCAAUCAAUGAAUCGAUAUGCCCGUAAGAAUAGCCAAGGUGGUCAAAGUUCAAUUUACUCACCGGCACCAGAAUAUGAUGAUCCAGCCAAUUGUGCUGAAGAAGACCAAUACCGUCGAUACACUCGUGUUAACUCACAAGGUGGUUCAUUGUACGGUGGUGGUCCUGAAUAUGAUGAUCCAGCUAAUUGCGCCCCAGAAGAUGAUCAAUAUGGAUCUCAAUAUGGUGGAAACUAUGGCGCACCCUAUGAUCACUAUGGCUCGCGUGGUUCAGUCGGCCGUCGUAGCGUCGGUUCCACUCGAAAUCUGCCGAUGAAUGGUUCACCCGAACCACCAGCACCACCACCACGUAAUCAUCUUAACGAUUCUAAAGAAAGUAAUGAAAUCUCCGAAGCGGAAUGUGAUCGCGAUCAUCCACGCGGUAACUAUGGAGAAAAAGAGAAUCCCGAUGCCAAAAGGUCGCCAAAUGCAAAAGAUGGUCGCACUCCCGAAGAAAUUCGUAAAUUAAUUGACAGAAACGAAAUCCCAGCAACAAAAUUCCAACAACAAGGCGGCUGCACAGGACUCACAGCCUACGAUACUAUGGCAGUAUAAUUUGUAAAUUUGUUACAAAUGAACUUCGAAACGAAGCAAACAAUCCAACACGAUCAAAAUAACCAAAAACCAGUGAGAAAACGACGUAAUCAACAGACACAAAUUCACUCACACUUACACAUACACACACAUACUAAACUAUAUAACGUAACUCUCAAGCAAUAGAGAAUGCAUCACCUUUUCUUUUCGAAAACGUUUCAACUAUACAGAAAAUCAAAUUUUACCAAAAAAAAAAAAAUCAA